CUCCCCCCGCUCGGGCGCUCCCUGCCAAGCCCAUGAUGUAAUGGUGUAUGUUAAUCAGUAGCAUGUGGGGAGCUCCGGCUUGAGCGGCUCAGUCCUCCGCCAGCCGACACCGGAGGCAGCGGCGGUGGCGGCGGCUCGGACUCCCAGCGCCGCUCUCUCCCUGCGCCGCCCGCCCCGACGGCAUGGCCCGAAGCCCGCGCUGCGGGCACCCCCAGCCUCGCUGACAGCCGCCGCAGGCCCGGACCCGCGCGGGCCCCGAACCGCAGCUAUGAGCCCCGUGGAGUGGUGACCGCCGCUCGGGAAUGCGGGUGUGAAGGGUCCGAGCUGCCGCCCAUCGGGAAAGAGGCCCCGGGACGCCGACAAUUACCAUCCCGAAGCUGUGAGAAGGAGGGGGAAAGAAAGCAUUCUUCAUUCAGUUUGUGUGCCUUGUGCGGAUUUUUUAGAAAAUCGUUAUUUUUUUAAAAAAAAGAAACAUUUCCGUGCUACUGUCUGUCAUCGUCUCUGGGGAAAUCAGCCAGAACCACCGGAACGUAACUGAAACCAGACGAGAGGCAGGAGCCGAGGCGGUACCUGCGGCGUCCGGGCGCCCGAGCCACCUUGGAACCGGAACGCGGCUCCGGCGGCCGCGGGGCUGCGGCUCCGCCAAAGUUUGGGGCAGGCGGGCCGGCCGCCAGGGGGGCUGUGUAGACCGCGGGCAGCCCCCUAACCAUGAUGUUUCGCGACCAGGUCGGGGUGCUGGCUGGCUGGUUUAAGGGCUGGAACGAAUGCGAGCAGACUGUUGCGCUGCUGUCGCUGCUCAAGCGCGUGAGCCAGACCCAGGCCCGCUUCCUCCAGCUCUGCCUGGAGCACUCGCUGGCCGACUGCGCGGAGCUGCACGUCCUGGAGGGCGAGGCCAACAGCCCCGGAAUCAUUAACCAAUGGCAACAGGAAUCCAAGGAUAAAGCGAUUGCCCUCCUGUUAACUCACCUGCCUCUGCUGAAGCCAGGAAACCGCGACGCCAAAGUCGAGUAUAUGAAACUUCUGCCCAAGAUCCUGGCGCACUCUAUCGAGCACAACCAGCACAUCGAGGAGAGCAGGCAGCUGCUGUCCUACGCGCUGAUACAUCCUGCCACCUCACUGGAAGACCGCAGUGCUUUAGCCAUGUGGCUGAACCACUUGGAGGACCGCACGUCAACCAGCUUCGGUGGCCAGAACCGGGGCCGCUCAGACUCUGUGGAUUAUGGGCAGACGCACUACUAUCACCAAAGACAGAACUCCGACGACAAGCUCAAUGGGUGGCAGAACUCUCGGGAUUCUGGGAUUUGCAUCAACGCCUCCAACUGGCAAGACAAAAGUCUGGGGUGUGAGAAUGGCCACGUGCCCCUCUACUCCUCCUCAUCCGUCCCCACCACAAUCAACACGAUCGGAACCAGCACAAGUACAAUUCUCUCAGGCCAGGCACACCACAGCCCUUUGAAACGAUCUGUGUCCCUUACCCCACCCAUGAAUGUGCCAAACCAGCCUCUAGGACAUGGAUGGAUGUCUCAUGAGGACUUGCGAGCUAGAGGACCCCAGUGCCUCCCAUCCGAUCAUGCCCCCCUGUCUCCACAAAGCAGUGUAGCCUCUUCAGGAAGUGGUGGGAGUGAACACUUAGAAGAUCAGACCACUGCUCGUAACACAUUCCAAGAAGAAGGUAGUGGUAUGAAAGAUGUUCCGGCCUGGCUGAAGAGCCUCCGUCUGCACAAGUACGCCGCCCUGUUCUCCCAGAUGACCUACGAGGAAAUGAUGGCCCUCACCGAGUGCCAGCUGGAGGCUCAGAAUGUUACCAAAGGUGCAAGACACAAAAUUGUCAUCAGUAUUCAGAAGCUUAAAGAAAGACAAAACCUCCUGAAGUCUUUGGAAAGGGACAUCAUCGAGGGGGGCAACCUGCGCAUCCCUCUCCAGGAGCUGCACCAGAUGAUCCUGACCCCCAUCAAGGCCUACGGCUCCCCGAGCGCCACCCCGGAGGCCCCGCACCCUCACCCGCCCUCACUCAUGGGCCCCGAGAGCCAGAGCCCCAACUGCAAGGACGGUGUGGCGGCCACCACCACCUCCGCCGGGGCCAGCGGCGGGCUCCAGCCACACCAGCUGAGCAGCUGUGACGGGGAGAUGGCUGUCGCCCCCCUGCCUGAGGGGGACCUGCCAGGGCAGUUCACCCGUGUCAUGGGGAAAGUGUGCACACAGCUCUUGGUCUCCAGACCUGAUGAGGAAAAUAUAAGUUCCUAUUUGCAGCUCAUAGACAAGUGUCUGAUUCAUGAGGCAUUUACAGAGACGCAGAAAAAAAGACUGUUGUCAUGGAAACAGCAGGUGCAGAAGCUCUUUCGGUCUUUCCCUCGGAAAACCCUUCUAGACAUAUCAGGAUAUCGACAGCAGAGAAAUCGCGGCUUUGGGCAGUCCAACUCCCUCCCGACGGCCGGCUCUGUGGGCGGCGGCAUGGGCAGACGGAACCCCCGCCAGUACCAGAUCCCUUCUCGGAACGUCCCUUCCGCCCGCCUUGGCCUCUUGGGCACCAGUGGGUUCGUCAGCUCCACCCAGCGCAACACCGCGGCCAAUCCCAUCAUGAAACAAGGAAGACAGAACCUCUGGUUCGCGAACCCCGGGGGCAGCAACAGCAUGCCGAGCCGCACCCACAGCUCAGUCCAGAGGACCCGCUCGCUGCCUGUGCACACCUCCCCCCAGAACAUGCUGAUGUUCCAGCAGCCAGAAUUCCAGCUUCCCGUGACCGAACCUGACAUCAACAACAGGCUGGAGUCCUUGUGCCUCAGUAUGACCGAGCACGCCCUGGGAGACGGGGUUGACCGGACCUCCACCAUCUAAAGCCAAGGACGGGAGUGACCGCGCUGGCCGUGAAACCGACUGCUGCGGGCCAGUGUCAGCCAUCUCCAGGUUGCGCAGAACCCUCCAAGGUCCUUUGCAGCCUUUUCCCCCCUGGUCCCUCGCCCGUUUUGAUUUUGUGAGAGCGUAGGUCAUCCUUGUAAACGUAUCAGUAGACCUGGGCUUGGUUAUUCUGUCAUUUGUUUCUGUCAUGGGAAGGCUUGGUGUGUCGAGUGGGGAGGGGUCUUUGGGGAAGAUGGGACUGGGGUGGGGGUGGGGGCAAGGCAAGUGGCUUCGGGAUGGAAAGGGAGAAAAAAAAGAGCCGCCAUGAAAGAGAUGAGACACAGGAGGGAGGCAGAGGUCCCACCAGAGAGCCUCUCGCAGCGCCUGCCACCGCGGUCUGGACCUCGGAGGAAGACAUGAUCCGUGUGACCAAAGCAAGAUGGUGGUUCGCGCUUCGUCCCCCCGCAUCGGGUUCCCCAGAGGCCCCUGCUUAGAAUCCAGCCCCAGGACAGGGCUCCAUGGCCAGAGGGGCAAGAAGGGAGAGAUCCCCUCCCACAAAAUUUCAGAUAAACUUGGAUUUGUGUAUUGUUUACAUAACUGUUUUAAAGGGUACAUAAUGUGUAAAGAGUUCGGAUGAACCUCUCUUCAUACUAUGGUUUUUGUAAAGGGUUUGUUGAUAGGGAUUCAUUUUUCCCCUCUAUUUUUAUACUAGCAGCAGGGUUGUCUUUUACAGUGGCCGUCCAGCCCUGCUCCUUGGGGAGAAGGCUGCAGGCACGUCGGCCUGAGUUGUCCCACUCUCACCGGCAGGUGGGGCAGCGUGUAGGUGGGUUUGAAGGUCAAGGAUGUGGCCAGAAGAGGCAGAGCACUCGGAAGGGCGCCAGGAGGACAGCACCACGCAACCCGUUCGGGUGUGCAGGACCCCGGAGGCUCUAAGAGAAUCCUGCAGGCCCUUUCUGUGCCGGAUUUGCUUGCCACCCAGAGCCCUCUCCCCACCCGGCCGUGCGGUUUCACCCUGGCACACUACACACACACACACAGGCGGUUCAGGUUCCACUGGAGGAGAAAAGGCAAGGAUGGACACUUUUUUCUUUGCAAGAGGCCUUAAUACCCAGAUGAUGAGUUUGAAAGGCCUCUGAUGAUGUGUUCCUCCCAGGACCCUGAGCCUCAGGGCUCUAUCCUCUUUGCUGGUUCUCCUCUGAGGAGGAGGAGGAGGGGAUCAGAGCCCAGCCACAGUGUAGAAAUGGUCAGUCUGCAAGUAGCAGAGGGAGCUGAGGUGCAGUGUGUGGCCACGGCCAGCCCCACCAUCCCAGGUGGUCAGUGAAAGGUGUGGGAAAGGUCAGCUGCAUGGUGGACACGACACUUCUGUUCACAUGGCGUCCAUCGGGCUUUGCUGUGUUGUUGGCUGACAAGCCCUCCACCCAGGUGGGAAAUAAAGCCACUCUUCACACCAUGAGAGAGUAACACACUGUGCUACCACAGAGGAAUAGCUCUGUGUCUUCAGGGCAAGAGGGACUCCAUUUUGGAGAUCGAUAGGAGGGCAGGUGUUCGAAUCAAAGGGGGUUGUGCUGUGCACUAGGAAAUUGGCUUGUGUGCAUGCUGACAUUGAUGCUCAGCUGGAGGCGAGAUUGGGGAGACGGUAUGAGGCCUGUUUAUUAAAUGGGUGAAUCUGGUGCCUUUUUUUUUUUUAGUGAAGUCAGGGUCAAAAUAGAAAAGAUUACACCAUGAAAAUCACUGCACUUGCUGAUGGUUAUUUUUUUUAAAAAAGACAGUUAAUGAAGUCAAUAUAGAUUUAAAAGGCCUUAAUGAAAUCCAAAUAACUUCUUAUAACCUUCAAGAUUAAAAAUGGGCACCCAACAUGGCCUGGAGUGGCCUUGGAUGUUGUAAUAGGUUUUUGAAAUCCCUUUAAGGUCUGAAAGGGUGAGGGCAUGUUAACUGUCGAGAGCCUUUAGCCCACAAAAGAAAACUUAAACCUACAAAAUCGUAUAUUACAUUAAAAAAAAAAAGCUCUCCUUGGGUGGCUACAUUCUAAAAAUCCAAAUCCACGUGCAGAAAGAGGCAGCAUUUCUUUAGUUGAUUUUUUUUUUUUAACCAAGUGCCAUUAACAUUCAUCCUCCACGUCCCUUUUCUAAGUGAGCUUCAUGUUGCCGGGGGAGUGUGUUGGGAUGGACGACCACGGGUAAGGCAGGGACAAAUAGGCCGAACGUGUUGAAGGCCAAAGGUAAGACCAGAGGGUUCGCGGAAGUGGUUUUCGGAUGCUAAGAAAGGUAAAGAGGAGAGAGACAAUGGUACACACCCUGUGGAGAAACGCGGAAGCAGUCAGAUCCGCUGCAACACCCAAACACCCACACGACUGCAGUUGUUCAGAAAAUGGACUGUGCAGUCACAUUAGCAUGGACCCUUUCAAAGGAAGACCUUAAAAUACUUGCAGAGCUGAAUUUCUAUUUAUUCCUUCACUAAAUAUAGAAACAAUGGUUAUCUGAUUAUUAGAGAUAUUAUUUUGGAUAUGUUACUUAUUAACUUGCUAUGGCUGGUAACCAUGAUAAAGUCUGUUAUUAAUAACAACCUAAUUCAUUUUUUAAGAAAAGAAAAGCUUAUUUUUCAUUGACUGUGUAUAGAUUUAUCUACUUAGUUGUGUUUUGCUCUUAGUGUUUUCUUUUUUUUUUUAAGUUGGGUGUUUUGAUCAAUUUUAGGAGCCUGUCCCCACCUUCUUUUGAGUCCUGUGUUGACUGCAGGUAUACAGUUCAAUUUAAAAAUUCUAAAGCAAAAUAAUUUUAUUUAUAAAAGAAUCAAACGGUUGCAUACAUAAGGCUGUGAGGUUGGAUAUUUAGUAAUAAUGCAGCGGUGCCUUUUUUGUAUUUGCCCAUGGGCCCCCCCCCAAUGCAACUGUUUUAUAUUCAUUGUAAACAUUAAAACUAUUGGAGUGAGAUCUGUUCCACUAUACGUUUCUCCCUUUGUUCCGAUUUAUUCAGUGUGUACUCAGCAUCUCCACACUGUCCCAGGGACAGUGACGUUCUAUGAUACUGUUACCGUGUAUGAUGUUUUAUUGGUGCUUUUUAUUCAUAGUGGUUUCUUACCAGAAACAAUAGGAAGAUACACAUGAACUGUGUACAAGAAAUGAAACAUUGCUGCUGAUAUUUUUUUUUCCACAUGCUUUUUGACUUUCACAUUUAAACCGAGGGCCAGCAAGCAAAACAGACAUUGCUGGGUCGGCCCGUGGAAGGCGGCUGUUGGCCCCGAGCUCUCGGCUCCUGGGCCCUGCUGGGCCCGUUUUGGUGCUGAGGGUUGGAGCAGCAGCUGGGCCCCCACCUCCCAUUCAUUUGAAGAGACACUGAGGGAAACGAGGUUUUCUUUUGAGGUGUCGUCGGUUGCCUUUUACAGAAUGGGAGCCUUCUCUGGGUCGUUUGUUCUUCUGCACCUCUUGUAGCUACUGCCGGGGCGAGGUUUGUAGGUGCGCACUCCUGGCGAGGAGUGGGAUCUCACCCAGAGCCUGGGCUGCGCUGGGCUGAAUGCAGAGGCAUGCAACCAGAAGGGCAGCGAGGGGAGGAAAAGCAGGCCCGGGUUCUGCUGGCCCUUCCAGAGAGGUCUGCGGCCGGCCGCCCCGGCGUGGGUGCCGACAGCAGCCUGGCCCGAGCGCUCGGUGUGCCUCUUACAAAGAGGACCUGCAGAAGGGUAAUUUGCACAUGGGGCUGUGAUAACACUAAUGUUGAUUUUUUUUUACAAGUCAUCUGAGAUGUUUGCAAAGUGAGUUUUAUUUUUUUGUAAUUCCUUUAUCUUUACUUAAAGGUGAAUGUUUAUUCCUCUGGGAGGAAUAGGAAGAAAACAGGAAUGUUAAUAGUGUCAAACAGAAGACUUCCUCCCUUAUUAAUAUAUAACCCUCAUGUAUUUAUGCCUAGUGUAAGCCGACUUUUGAAAGCUUCUUCCGUUGCAUGCCCCACGCAGGCACCCCUGUUGUACAUGCAUGCCUUCCGUCCUGUUCUCCUGUAUAAAGUUAGUGAACAAAGAACUAUUUUUGCCUAGUUCAUGUUGCCAGGCAAUGCAUAUUUUUUAAAUUUGUCAUAUAUGGAAAUAGCAUGUUUGUUACAUGUAAAAGCUUUACUGAUAUACAGAUAUACUAAUGUUUGAAGAUGCUGUUCUUUGCAAGUGUACAGUUUUCAAAUGUUGUUACCAGUGAAACACCCUUGUGGUUUAAACUUGCUACAAUGUAUUUAUUACUCAUUUCCUCCCAUGUAACUAAGAAUCAUGGCUAUAUUUCAUAUCAACGUUAUAUUGAAAGUGAAGGGAAAUGAUUAAUACAAGGUUUUGUAACA